ACUUGUAGAAUGUCCGCACAUCCGUCAAGGCUAGCUGAAAUAAUUGCGCAGAAUUUAGCUCGCACAUAACAUUCGUGGUUAUGAGAUAUUUUGGAAGUUUUUCGAAGUUUCAGUAACUGGCAUAAUAACGUGAUACCGCGCAUCAAUAUUUUGUUAUCCAUGUGUUUGAAAAGGCUUAUCAUCCCCGCUAGGGUUUUAUCAACAUUGGACGUAACAGCGAACGCCAGAGUUCUGCACUUUCCUGCACGAUGUCGCCGAAGGUAGACGAAAUCACUCUUAGCGAUGGAAAUAAGGUUCCCGUUCUGGGACUUGGUACCUGGCAAGGGGGCAAUGAUCCGGACGAAGUCGAAAAUGCUGUCAAAUUGGCCAUCGAUGCAGGAUACAGGCACUUCGACUGUGCAUCAUUUUAUGGCAACGAAGCCGAAAUCGGUAAAGCUAUACAAGAAAAAAUUGACCAAGGUGUUGUAAAGAGGGAAGAUCUUUUUGUUGUUACAAAGGUAUGGAAUGACGAGCGUAAGCAAGAGCUAGUAGUUGCGGCUUGUAAGAGAUCUUUAAAAAAGCUAGGACUAGGCUACAUUGAUUUGUAUCUUGUUCACUGGCCAUUUUCAUAUCCUGAUGAAGUCGAUUACAUCGAGACGUGGCGUGGCAUGGAGGAGUGCAUUAAACUCGGCUUGACACGCAGUAUCGGCGUGAGCAAUUUCAAUUCUCAGCAGUUGACGAGGCUAUUGGAAUCAGCCAGCAUCAAGCCAGUUAUGAACCAGAUCGAGUUGCAUAUAAACCUUAACCAGAAGAAGCUCCGCGAGUUCUGCGCCAGUAAGUCAAUAGCCGUCACUGGCUAUAGUCCCUUUGGUGCUCCCGGACGCAACAACGUAUUUCAGCCGGCUGGUGCGGACAUCAGUCUCCAAUCACCUGUUAUAACGGGAAUCGCCAAAAAGUACAAUAAAACCAAUGCGCAGAUUGUAUUACGAUACGUGAUUGACAUCGGAGCUAUUCCAAUUCCCAAAUCGAGUUCAGAAAAGCGCAUUAAAGAAAAUAUCGAUAUUUUCGAUUUUAAAUUAACGCCAGAGGAAAUAGCAGCAAUAGAUAAACUUGAUUGCGGCUUUAGAACUUGUUCUGCUAUAGAGCACAAAGAUUGCAAAGAAUAUCCGUUCAAUAUCGAAUUUUAAAAAAUAUUAUACAUCAACUAAUUUUUAUACGUAUCUACUUUGCCUGUAUAAAGUUGCACAAGUAUUUACAGUUAACUUUAUGAAAUAACUAUUGUAAACAUUAAACUAACAUCAAAUAAAUAGACUUAUACUCAAAUAUAUUUUCGCGCAUGACCUAUCUUCUUUAUACACAUACGCUAUUUCUAUUUUCGUAAAUGAGUCAAAUAAUAAUAGGCACAAUUUCAAAAAGAAGUAUAUAGAAUUUAAAAAAAUGUUAUAUGGCAGUAAUGGUUUGAUACUACUAACUCUAUAUUAUUAAUGUUGAUAAAUAGCAGCUCCUAGACCGGUUUUAACAUUGAUUGUGUAAUAUUGUUUAUGUAAGAGUUUUGGUAUUGGCAAUAUCUACCUAACGCACCUCUGCCGAGCGCAACUUAGUAGCAAAAGCUCGUCCCGAAGUCAACAUGCCGGUGCCCACAGUUACUUUUAACGAUGGAUACAAAAUGCCUAUGAUUGGCCUCGGCACUUUUUUGUCCAAACCUGGAGAAGUAGCCGAAGCUGUAAAGUAUGCAAUCGAAGUGGGUUAUCGUCACGUUGAUACAGCAUUCUUCUAUGAAAAUGAAAAAGAGAUUGGCAGUGCGAUCCGCGAAAAGAUAAACGAUGGAACGAUUAAAAGAGAAGACAUUUUUGUAACUACCAAGCUUUGGUGUAAUAGUCAUAAAGAAGAUGAAGUUGUGCCCGCAUGCAAAAAAUCACUGGAAAACUUAGGUUUUGAUUACAUAGAUCUCUUUCUCGUUCAUUGGCCAUUCGCUUUCAAGUCUGGAGAUGCACUAACACCAAGAGAUGCUGCUGGGAAAAUUGAGUUUUCUGACACUGACUAUCUUGAAACGUGGAAAGGAAUGGAAGAAUGUAAACGCCAAGGACUUGCACGUAGUAUAGGUCUUAGUAACUUCAAUUCUGAACAAAUAGCUAGGUUGUUAUCAUCAGCUAAAAUCAAGCCUGUUAAUAAUCAAGUAGAGGUGACAAUGAAUUUAAACCAAAAACCUUUGAUAGAAUUUUGCAAGAAACAUGAAAUAACAGUCACAGGAUUUUCACCGCUUGGCAGGCCUGGAAAUCGACACGGUAUACAAAAUUUAUGGGAUGAGCCACAAAUACAAAAACUCGCACAGAAAUAUAAGAAAACUCCAGCCAAUAUAGCAUGUAGAUUUAUCCAUCAACUAGGCGUCACCCCAAUACCUAAAUCAGUAACUAAAUCACGAAUUAAGGAGAAUUUGGAUAUUUUUGACUUCAGUCUAACUCCUGAAGAAGUGAGUACUAUUGAAAAAAUGGGAAGUGGCGCAAGAGUAGCACCAUUUGAAGAGGCAAAAGAGGCCAAAUAUUAUCCAUUUUCUAUUCCGUUCUAAUCAGUAAUACAUAAAGACACCCACUUAUUUAAAAGCGACCAAUCACCAGUCUCAAUAAAAUUAUUUUUUACAAAUAUAUUGCUUGUACUUUAUUAAAUCAGAUAAGGAAAUAAAGAACAUAACAAAUAUUUGA